AUGGAUUCGACCUACAAACAUGUUGCUGCAUCGGGCAUACUGGAAGGCAAGGCAGCAGCAGGUGCAGAAGAAAAGGAUGAAGAUGGUGCUGUGACCCUGGGACAAGGGAAUGCAGUCGAAGGAGCCGAGCACGCCGAACAAAUCGUCGCCGAGCAUGAACACACAAACAGGUACGGCGAAGACGAAGAUGGUGGUGACUAUGACGAGGAUGAUGAGGACGAUGGGGAAGAAGAUGACGAGGAUGGCGAGGAAUUGGAAGAGGAUGAGGAGAAAAAGGGGGAAGAAGAGGAAGCCGAGGACGAGGGCACAGAAUAUUCUGUAGGACCGGCUUCUACAGGGCCUUAUCGUCACGGUUACCUGUCCCAUCUUCACCUCCAUCAGACUUUCUGUUCGCCGCAAUGUCCUCAGUCCGUCGGCCUGUUCACCUACGCGCCUGGUUUGAAUUCGUUGCGUGAAGAAGUUGAUGUUCGUGCAUCGGAUACCUACUCUUUUCAAGCCCUCACUACCGCCGAGGAUACCGCAGCAGAGGUGAGGCCAAAACUCGUCUCGAAACCUGGCAGUCCUUCGACUCACUCGCUUCCUUCAAACAACCUUUUAAGCCUGACAUACACAAACAGUUCUCAGACAACAUUUUGCCAGCCCAUUCAUGCUGGUAAAGAGGACGAAGAUAGGAACAAGCCAACAAAAGAGGACUCAGUCAUGAGUGAUGCCAUAGUGCCCACCACCUCCUCCAGCAUAUGCCAGUCCUACCAAAGGCCAACUCUCAUCCACACAGACCUCGACUUGGCUCGCCGGCCGGCCGGUAUGCCUACCUACACAAUACUUCGAGCUGGCGAGCCUGUCUUCAAGCCGAAAGCGUUUCGUCGGCGUUGCCAAACAACCCAGAAAGACGAAGCCGACGCUUGCUUUAUGCCGCAGAGACCGAUUGCGCUUCUGCCGGACGCUGCCGAUUCCAGCAUUCAUUCUCCCAUCCAUCGGCCUUCAGCGGCCUGGAUGAACGGGCUACCCAGUACCUCGGCACUUUCCCCAGAACCCUUCCUUUCGACCAGUGCCCUAUCACCGGGACCGUGUCUCCUCCUCGACCGCCUCAUCACCAACCAGACGACAGGACCGUCCAAUUCGAGCGGCGAGACUAUGCUGGAAGAGAUGCACAUGCUGCGGCUGCCGGAGGAGAAGAGAACACCGACCGGACUGCCGACAUCACAUAACGGUUUGAUGGAUGAACUGGCCCUCCAAGCAUCCAACUCUCGUCCUUUAACUGCCAAACAGAUCGAAGGCUACCAGGAGGAUAUUAAGCCAAACUUUAUCAGGUAA